AUGAUUACUUUGGAGGCACAAGCGAGCGAUAGUGUUCUUGAGGUAAAACACAACUUGCAAGCAAAAGGAGUUUUACCGGUUAAUCAGCAGCGCCUGGUAUAUGCUGGCCGCCAGCUACUAGAUGAAAGAACUCUUGCAGAUUACAACAUAUGGAAUGGAGCCAUCCUCCAAGUGGUACUAAAGCUCCGUGGCGGUGGUGAUGGGCGAUUUGAUGUCAGGGUCCAACUUCCGGACAAAAGAGAGAUCGUAAUCCGUCUCGAAUCAUCCGACAUCAUCCAGUAUCUCAGGGCAUUGAUUGCGGCUAGCGAAGACAUACCCCCAAGAAACCUAUCGGUUUACUGUGGUGAAACUCGACUACAAGAUGGAAGAUCGCUGAAGGAUUACAGGAUCUCAGAGAAUUCCACGGUACGGGCAGUCUGCUCGAUACCUGGGCCACAACAAGAUGAUCGAACAUCCAUGUCUCCGGGCUUCGAAGGUGUAAUCAUCAAACCAAGCCUGCUAUGCUCACCCUCUUCGUUUGGACAAGCUGCUCAACUUCGCAGUCAACAGGAGGAACAAGUUGAUUUCGAGGAUUCUCGGGAGCUGUGUCUCUCGCAGCCAGAAACGGAAUCCCAAGACUCAACAGGAUCUUUUUCGUGCCUCCAAAGGGAUUUUCCACGAUAUCUCACUCCCAACUCUCCGCAGGGAUCUGAAGUCCCCAUCGAUGGUCCUUCAUUCUUAAGCUUUCAAGCAAUAAUGCCCACUCCAUGCACACCGCGAAUGAGCAAAUCAGUCAGAGGUUUCAGAUGCGACGACCCAAGCUGCCUCAAAGUAUUCCCAACUCCCCAAGCUCGCCGAAAGCACUUACGCUACCACAACAGACCACAUAGAUGUCAGCAGUGCGACAGAAGCUUUGGAACAGUCACGCAUCUCACUCGACACGUCAAUGAUAUUCAUGAGAAGCAGAUCCAUUAUUGUCCGGUUGGUGGAUGCGAGUAUUCGUUGGCGGCGGGGAAUGGGAAAUCUUUUGCUAGGGAGUGGAAUUUGAUGAGGCACUUGAGUAACAUGCAUUAG